AAAGAAGAAGAAGAGUUUGCAAGUGUUUUUCUGAAUUUGCAUGCGUUUAGGCAUUUGCAGCGCACGUGUUGUGUAGUUUGCAAGUGUUGUGACCCUUCUCGGCCACCGUAAUUUACGGAAUACCUGGAACGCACCUGUUCUCACUUGUUAAAAAGGCCCUACACACAUAAUGCGAAUAUUCGCCGUUCUGACACUGAUGUGCACUUUUCUGGCACCCACCACUGCAGGAGAAAGCUGCCGGCCUAUGGAAUAUGAUGUCAGUGGGAUAUGUUGUCCAAUGUGCGAUAAAGGAAGUGUUGUGAAGCGAAACUGCACCCAUGACUCGAGUACGAGCUGCACGCCGUGUGAGAGAGGCACGUACAUGGACACGGCCAGUGGACUGAGCCGGUGUUACAGCUGUCGAACCUGUAAAGCAGAACAAGGUCUGGUAGCAGAACGGGAGUGCACCAGAGAACAGGACUCAGCCUGCACCGUAUUGGAUGGCUUCUACUGCCAGGAGCCCAACCAGAAAUCAGGCUGCACUCUGGCUCAGAAACACACCCAGUGUAAUGCUAGCCAGAUGACUAAAUUACCUGGAACCAGGGGCACUGACACGGUCUGUGAGGACUGCAAGACUGGGUAUUAUUCUACACCUGGUCUUAAAUGUACAGAAGGGAAAAGCAGCUGUGGGAAUGGAAAGGUGCUGCAAAAGGGAAGCCAAACCAAAGAAACGGUCUGCAACACAGCCCCAAGAAGACAUCACUAUGAUGUAAUAUUAUCAGUCAUGCUGUUGUCACUGCAUGGUUAGUUUAAGGUUAAUGCUUGCUUGCUAAUGGCCAAAUCACACGUCUGCAUUCAGCCCGUAUGCAAAGAUCUGUUUCUUUACCAAGGGACCGUAGGCCUAGUAUUGUAUGAUGUGUCAUACUUGCUUCUUUUAUUUAAUAUUUUUGGUUCGAAAUAAAGACAAAAUAAUAAUUAAAGUUGCAAGCAGCAUUUUACUGGUGCCAAGCCUAAAGCCGACCAAUAAGACCCUGUCAGACCAUUAAGACCCUAACAGACCAUUAAGACCCUGACGCAAACCAAUAACACCCUGUCAGACCAUUAAGACCCUGACGCAGACAAUUAAGACCAUUUUUGACUGGUUGUUUGGAAGUUAAUUUUGGACGAUAUUGAGCCUCUGGCGGUCAUGUCAUUUUGUCAAUCAACUUGUUUUUACUGAAGCAAUUGGACCUUUAGUCUCCAACAGCCAAAUAUGUUGGUCCCUCUCAACUCAAAUAUUCCGUCUAUGAACUGUGGUGAUUUUAGUCACAGGCCACAUCAUUUCGAUGCCACGCCCUAAUUGGAAAUAUGUUGACUGUACCUUGUUCAGAAUUUGAUUCUCAAUAACUUUUCUAUUGGACUCAAGAUCAUAGGAGUCCAUUUUGAUGCUGAGAUAAGCAUUUAAGUCUUUUUUUGUUUUAAACCACACCCUUUUUAGAAGUCAAUGGCUCCCUUGGUGCUUUAAUCUUUAUUGAACAGACUUCGCUUUAUGUCAGAUUGAAGACAUUGGUCCAUAGAUGAUACAUGCUAAAGGAUUUUGUUCCAAGUGAAAAAACCUAGGAAAAAAAAACAUUUAGUGUUUUUAACAUAGUUCAAGUUAGUCGUAAAUCCAUCCAAAUAAAGUCAUAGGUUCUUGAGGCAUUUGUUCAGCAUGAGGAUAUGCCUGUGUGACCAAAGUUUCAUGACUCUUACGUCAAAGCGUUUAUGAGAUAUGUUUCUUCAAAUUUUUCAUAUUUGGACUGUUGCUGUAGCGCCACCUUUGGGCCAAUCAGUGUAAUAUUUGCUCUCUGCUAAUCUGGAGUCGGCCUCUACAACUGUAGUAAGUUUCAUAAAAAGCGUGCGAGCGGUUUAGGCUGUGUAAGUCAAACGUGGCGGAAUAAUAAUAAUAAUUAAACUAACAAUUACAAUAGGUUGCCUUCGCACUUUGUGCUUGGCACCCUAAUAAUAAUAAAAACACUAACAAUUACAAUAGGUUGCCUUCGCACUUUGUAGUUGGCACCCUAAUAAAAAUACCAAAACGCCAGUGCUUCUAGGCCUAAGGCUACUGUAAUUAUUUGUAUGCGUUUACUCUCAAAUGUAACAUUUGUAAACAUGUUAUGUAAUUUCAAAAGUGGUUUUCCAAAUCCUAUAUAGGUGUUUUUCUAAUGCUUUUUAAGUGUCAUUCGGUUCUUCAUUAAGAAGACUUUGUAUCGACAAACUCUUAGCACUCAUGACGUAACUAUACUAUUGUUACAAUGUGUAAAAUAAUGUGUAAUAAAAAUGUGUGUGCGUGUGUGUGUGUGCGCGUAUAUGCGUGUGUUGAUUCCUAUAAAUACCAAUAUGGCUUUUUGUA